CUCGAACCUAGACACACUCAAACCACAUUUUUUUGAAUUACAAGCCCUUACAAGAAGCUUCAAAAUGCAGCUUUCCACACUCCUCAUCCUGGUUCCGGCCCCGCUGGCCGCUGCUCUUCCAGCACCUGCCAACGACAUCCUCUCCGAAAUCCAAGGUCGCAAAGCCAGUCCCAUCGCCGAAGCCGAACCUAUCCUCUACAUCAAACGAACUGGGUACGGAGACAAGCGCGAGGCAAGCCCAGAGGCAGAGGCUGAAGCCGAACCCAUCCUCUACAUCAAGCGAACUGGGUAUGGCGACAAGCAUGAGAUUGAGGGUUAAGUGGAUUGAGUACUUGAAGCAAGACAGCCGCUUUUCAGACUUUCUUAAUAUUGGCCAUUUAAGGUGGGAGAACGUGAAGUGCGAUGGGAUCAGGGAGCGAGUUAGUGAACGUUGGCAUGUGAGGAGAUUUGUUUAAAAUGCAGCGCAAAGCGCAGAACUCAAUUGUUAAGACAUGCCAAUGCACUGAAAUCAAACCGUA